AUGAAUCACAAACGCCCUCGUGCUCUCAAUUACAACUAUAGCAUUAGCCUUUACUUUGAUCAUGAUGUCUCUGACAACGAUCUCAAUGACAUCAUCAUUGUUACUGAAUCUCGUGCUAAACUCAUUGUACCUUCAAACAGACUUAAUGUUAUUCAAGUCUUCACCGACAAUCUGGAAGACUACCAAACAUGUUUUGACUCCUUGCAUGAAGACAUUGAUCAAAAACGCUUUGAUUGCAUCCUCAGCCCAUCUAAUUUUCAGGCGUCGGAACAUACUUUGAUGUGCUAUACUACCAACAAGGCUAAACAUUAUAAUACCAUUACAAGCCUUCUCCACUUGAUUUUCCACCAAGGAAUUAGGUACGAUCAAUUCAAUACUACAUUUAAGGAUAAACAAUUCAAGCUUAGAAUCUCACUCUAUAACCAACAGGACCAGAGUGCUGUCAUGAAACUCCCUGGAUUUGAAGAAUUCAGAUCUCUCGAACAGAUUCGAAAUGAAAUGACAGACACGAUGGCUGAAUGCAACUUUGGACCUGAUUUUUCCGAAGGUGCUAUCAAAGUCGGUGUUAAACUACUUGCAAAACGUGCCAAUGUGAUCAUUCAAGACGACAUGAUCCAAAUUGUUAAGCAAACCAACCAAAGCGUUGGUUCUUGUUUCUUCUUUUGCAGAGUCAACCUGGCUUCCAAACAAGACCUCAGUAGUUUCGUGAACAUGGAAAGUGCGUUUAAAACUAAGAGUGGCCAUCCAGUUGCCAAACGUUUCAUCUCAUCCGUUGACAAGAUUUCUGCCAAAAUUGAAAGAAACGCCUCAAGAUAUCCUUCCAUGGUCGUCACCAACGUUAAGAAGACUUCGAUGGUGACUCCUUCUCCAACCCUCUCUAACAGUUCAGAACCAAAAAAGAGUCACAGCUCCACAAAAUAA